AUGCCUGAGCGUUUAAUAAAAAUAGUUGGAGAAUUGGAGAAGCCUAAAGGCUAUAUUUGUGUUCCCAUAUCAAAUAGCUCAACUAUUUAUCAUUGGCAACACCCUUUAGAGGCUCUAGAUUUUAUCCAAACAACUUCUAAUAAUUUCCCUCAAAAUUGCCCAUCAAAAUUUUCUUCAAAAAUUAAAACAGAAACAAAUACUUCAAUUAAUUUUUUUUUAUUUUUGCUUCCAAUUUUAUUAAUAACUGUGCCAUUAAUUAUUGGAAUUUUAAUGUUACUAAACAUUUCUAACUGGAAUGAUUUACAUUGGGUUAAAACAACAACAAAGUCUUCAAUGUUUGCCUACGAACCUUUACAAAUUAAAAAUGGAAAUGAAGAAAAUAAUGUUGAUAAUGUUUAA